CAGUGAGAGAGGUUGUGCUGAGCAGCUAGUUGUUACAGUGAGAGAGGUGGUGUGCUGAGCAGCUAGUUGUUACAGUGAGAGAGGUGGUGUGCUGAGCAGCUAGUUGUUACAGUGAGAGAGGUGGUGUGCUGAGCAGCUAGUUGUUACAGUGAGAGAGGUGGUGUGCUGAGCAGCUAGUUGUUACAGUGAGAGAGGUGGUGUGCUGAGCAGCUAGUUGUUACAGUGAGAGAGGUGGUGUGCUGAGCAGCUAGUUGUUACAGUGAGAGAGGUGGUGUGCUGAGCAGCUAGUUGUUACAGUGAGAGAGGUGGUGUGCUGAGCAGCUAGUUGUUACAGUGAGAGAGGCGGUGUGCUGAGCAGCUAGUUGUUACAGUGAGAGAGGCGGUGUGCUGAGCAGCUAGUUGUUACAGUGAGAGAGGCGGUGUGCUGAGCAGCUAGUUGUUACAGUGAGAGAGAGAGAACACUAGACGGAUCUCCUCCUGUUGUGUUCUGUUUAACACACCUGGCUGUGCCAGUCUUCUGGGUUCUGAUUGCUCCUGGUCAGUGGGCCCAACUGAGCGGGGUCAGUGCCAGCUGGCCUGGAUGGCACGCCGGUGAUGCCACAGACUGUGGACUCUGCAAUAGCCGACUCGAUAAUCAACCUGUCAGUGUCCAGUAAAAGCACCAUGGAGAACGGGGACAUAGUCAAAGGCGUGCUGACCAAUGGCCGGGACUCUCAGAAGCAGACUGUCAUGUCCCUCACCAACGCACAGUCACAGGCUCUGCUGCAACAGUUGACCUUGUCUCCAGCACAGCAGCAGCUGUUUCUCCAGCAGGCUCAGGCCCAGCUCCUUGCAGCAGCCGUUCAGCAGCACUCCGCCAGCCAGGCCCAGAACAGCAGCACCACGGGGGCCGCCAUCUCUGCCUCCGCAGCCACCCCCAUCACCACCCAACUACCACUGUCCCAGCCUAUACACAUCACUCCUCUCCAGCAGCAGGGCCUGCAGCAGUUUGUGUUGGUCCAGCCAGGUCAUUCCAUGGCCACCCAGCUACAGCCUCAGUUCUUCAUCUCCCAGACUCCACAGGGACAGCCCAGUAUGUUUCAGUAUCAUAAUCUUUUGCAAGCCCAAAAUCUUCUCACUCAACUACCUCAGAGCCAAGCCAACCUCCUACAGACUCCAACUAUCACAAUUGCCCCACAGCCGGCCACUCCCACGCGGACCGUAACUGCCACCCCUGGCCAGCUCCUCAUCCACAGCCAGACCCCGCCCCCUAAGGGUCUGGGCACGCCCACUCUGGAGGAUGCCAAUGAUCUGGAGGAGCUGGAGAUUUUCUCCAAGGCCUUCAAACAGAGGAGGAUCAGACUGGGCUUCACACAGGGUGACGUGGGGCUGGCCAUGGGGAAGCUGUAUGGUAAUGACUUCAGCCAGACCACCAUCUCCCGCUUUGAAGCACUCAACCUGAGCUUCAAGAACAUGUGUAAGCUGAAACCGCUGCUGGAGAAGUGGCUCAACGACGCAGAGAAUGUGAGCUCAGAGUCCAGCCCCAGCCUCAGUCCCCUGGGCUCUGGUCACGGGUCACCCAGCCUGGCGUCUGACCUCAAUAGCCGGCGCCGCAAGAAGAGGACCAGCAUCGACACCAACAUCCGUGUGGCCCUGGAGAAGAGCUUCCUCCAGCAAAACCAGAAGCCGUCGUCAGACGAGAUCUCCCUGAUAGCAGACCAGCUGAACAUGGAGAAGGAGGUGAUCCGGGUGUGGUUCUGUAACCGCCGGCAGAAGGAGAAGAGGAUCAACCCUCCCAGCAGCUCAGCUUUCCAGAAGUCCAUCUUCUCGUCCCCUACUACUGCCAGCCUGGUGAACACUGUACCCCAGACCACUGUGACUGUCACCCCCUCUCUGCCUGUCACCAGCUUCAGCCUCACAGACAGGACCCUGGUGCCAGCCACCGGCAACACAGCAUCCGUCAUCUCCAGCACCCCUACAGUCCCCUCUAUGUCCCUCACACCCUCCUCCUCCGUGACAACCAUGUCACAGCCAGCCGUUACCAUGACGCAGGCGGGGCAAAUGCUCUACAGCAACGGCGGGGGUCUGGCUGCAAUGGCAGCUGCAGCGGCGGGAAUCAGCCCGGGUCUCAUGCCUUCAUCGCAGUUCAACACAGGGGGGGCCUUACUGAACCUAACUACUGCAGGUUUUGGAGGAGCGCUAGCCACCAUCCAAGGUGUGUUGAGUGCUCUGGCCUCCAGCGGGUCCUUCCCCAUCACCACCCUGGACGGGAACGGGAACCUGCUAUUUGCCAACACCAGCAUGUCUGGUUCCGCCCCCAGCAUGGUGAACACGCCACUCUUCCUGAACCCCCAGAGCCUGUCCUUAUUGGGUAGUAACCCUGUCAGCUUCAUCCCUGCCAGUGCCCUCAGCCUGCAACUCACCGCUGGCACCAACACCAUCACCACGGCAACCACACCAGUCAACACCAUCGUCAGAGCCUCUAAGGCCCAAUGAAUGAACUCGUGGGGCGGGUCGCUCCCCAUUUCCUCCUCCUUCAUUGGUCGUUAUUUAAUCUUUGUUCUUUUUGCUACCACCAAAAAGUUGUUGUUGGAAAAAUCUUCUUAAGAUGUUUUCCUCCCUAUCUCCGCCACAAGGGGUCCUAUCGGUCCUUUCAAAGAUUGAUUGAGAUUUGGCAAUCGAAUCUCUUUUUCCUCAGAACUGCUUCUAAAACCAAAAAUGUGCGUUUGAUUUUAUUUUGCUGAGUAUUGAAUGAAACUGACAUGGUUUAACCUUCUAGAGAGAUUUCAUGAUGAUCUGUGUGUUAGGUUCUCUAAUUUUAAGUUUUACUUGAGGGCGUGUUGUACAGGCCUUUACAACUAAAGAUUAGAUUUCUCUGCUUGUUUUUCCAUGUUACCUAAAAUGUUCUUUGUGCGGUUAGUUGUGUGCUCUGAUAUUUGCCGUUUGUACAUUUUUCAAAACUUUUAUUAAAAGUUUUGUUGCUUUAACAUGUUUUUCAACAUAGUUCCAACUCUUUAAAAAGAAUCACUAGGCUGUGAGAGAGCCUGGGUGCAGACUUGCUAUGGAAGAGCUUUACUGCAGUCUCUGGGAAGAGUUACAAACAGCGGACUUCAAGAGAACUUGGAAUGUCCUUUAUCCAACCAAAAAAUAUUAGUGUACUAGACUUAGCUCUAUAUUAUCAUCACCCUAGUGUAAUGUAGCAUAGGGAUUUAUCUAAUGGACCUCUCCAGAGUGGGAGAGAUUAAUGCAAUAUUUUGAAGGGGACUUUCCAAAGACUAACAAAGAUGUUUCUCUCUGAUAUUCUCCUCCCUUAUGCCGAGGUCUAUAGAAGACAGGUAGGAUACCAAAAAGAGCGUCUGGAGAAGGUAGGGUAAGGUGUCAGUAGUAUAGUGGAGUUGCAUGGCCCAUACUGAAUCUGCCUUGGAUUACAUGAGUUCAAGAAGGUAUUGACAAGAGUAAUGAUCUUGAAGUAAUUCUCAGGACAGCCAUUUCCCAGUGAGUCACUGCAUGUACAAGUUAAAGGAGAUUGUCCAGGUCUGGCCUUCUCUGCGUUUAUUCUUUCUCGUAAGACCAAUAUGCUGCCACUAGAGCCCCGGGUACUGCAAUCAGUACUCAACAUAAUAUAUUGAAAUACCUCAGCAGCAAGAAAACAAUAUAUAUAUAUAUAGUCAAGCAAAACUGAAACCAUAAUUCUAAGAAUGUAGAAAUGUUUACCUGUUUUUUUUUGUAGCUUUGCUGUACGUUUGAAACGAUGACGACAGCAGAGAAUCAUAUCUUGAUACACAACAUGAGCUGACUCCACAUGCACUGUAACUGCAGUGUCCAGUACUACUGCUAUUAUUAUGUCAUAUUCACCCGAAUGGUACUUUAUUCUUGUCUGAUCCUACAUACCAAAGCAUUAGCGUUUUCAUUCUGUAGCUGGUUUGAUGGGUAGAUCUUCUUUUCUUGGUGUGUGUUUGUUCUGGAGGUUUCCUGCAAAGCCUUAUGGGAAAUGUAGUUGUAUCUCUGCUUGAGUCUUUUUGUUGUGGGUUUGCUCUGCUAUAUUGAAGUUUUUGAAAUAUGUAUCUGGGGGCCAUUUUUACUUUACGUCUAGCGCUCGAUAUUCACAUGCAAGUAAUAUAUAUACAUGAAAUAUUCCUGUUUUCUAUCUGAACUAGUAGGUUCUUGUAAUUGAAUGUAGUGCAUUAUCUUUAACAUCCUCUGUAGGAUAGAAAUGUUUAAAUGUGACUCUGGACCAAAGUAAACCACAGGGUGUGGACUGAUCCGUUUCUGGCCUGUUGACUUGCAGUUAAAUGAUUUGAUUUGACAAUUUAAAAUCUUUUUUUUUUUGACCUGGCAACAGAUACACAUACCAAACUGAGGAUAUAAACACAAAGUCCAAAUGCUUGUUUCCAUUCUGGUCCUCUUGUAACUAAGGAAAUGUACUGCGUUCUAUUUUUUACUUUUGUGUUGUGUGCUGUUUUAUCAAAAACAUGUAAAGCCAGAAGUUUUCACAAUGUGUACUUUUCAUGCCUUUAUGUUUACAUCACAAGGGAGAAAAUGUUUUAUUUUGUGGCCUUAAUGGAUGGGAUAUGGUAUCUGCAGACUACUACUUGUUAAUGCAGGUUAGAAAACCUCUUUGUAAAACUUUACUGACAUCCUAACUGAUGGCUCCAGUCUUGGAGGGGGGGGGACAGGCUGUCUAGUGCUGGGUUCAUCUGGGACAGGCUGUCUAGUGCUGGGUUCAUCUGGGACUGUUGGACCUAUUCAACACCAGGAGGCAGCAUCUCAAAAGAAACCAAAGACAUAACGCUCUACCCCCCCACACACACACACACACUUAGAUCAGUGGUGCUGCUGCCCUUUGUAGUCACUUUACCUGAAUGUUGUGCAGUUAGUCAUCACAUCUCUUACACAUUGUCUUAGUUUUAUUUGUACGCCAAGUAAUGCAGGGGUGGGCAACAUACGGCCAGAGGAAAAAACACUCCAGGAAACGUUUAAACAUUUUAAUUAUAAUGGACCUUUUACGUUUUAAAAUAACUGCCCUUUUUCUGGCCCCCAAAUUGCUUUUGUCCGAACAAAUCGGCCCCCAAAAAAGUGCGGCUCUCCACUGAAUUUUGAAAUCCCGAUGUGGCCCUGGAGUCUAAAUGAUUGCACGGCUCUGGGGUCUAAAUGAUUGCACGGCUCUGGAGUCUAAAUGAUUGCACGGCUCUGGAGUCUAAAUGAUUGCCUGGCUCUGGAAUCUAAAUGAUUGCCUGGCUCUGGAAUCUAAAUGAUUGCCUGGCCCUGGAGUCUAAAUGAUUGCCCGGCUCUGGAGUCUAAAUGAUUGCCUGGCUCUGGAGUCUAAAUGAUUGCCCAACCCUGGAGUCUAAAUGAUUGCCUGGCCCUGGAGUCUAAAUGAUUUCCCUUAACGUUUUCUUGUUUUGUUUCUACGUCAAGUAGAGGGCAGAUAUUUUCCUCCAGCUGUAUUCCAAAGCAAAAAUCCUGCUAAAUGUUUCAUCUAUACAAAUACCAAAGAAAACUCUGGCUGGGAUUCAAUCCGAUCGCAGGGUUAUAGGUGUUGUGGCUUUUAAAGGCCAUUUCUGAUUGAGCUGAACAUAUGCAGCAAUUAUCAUGAAUGGGACCUCUGCAAAAGCAGGGAACAUUGCCUUUAAAAUACGUAAUACCUUUAUAACCUAGGAGCGGAUUGAAUCCCGGCCUCUGACGGUCUUUCCCAGUCUCUUCACGCUUCCCUUUCUACUCCCGUCCCUACAGUGUAUUUAUACUGUAGUAGACCGAUACAGAACCAAGCACUGGCAUCCAAAGCGCAAUGUAUAUUAUGGUACAUUUCAGGGAAGAUACCAUCAAGCAGAAAAUGUGUUUUGAAAAGAGCUUCAUUGGGUUUUUUUCUCAUUCAGUAUGGAUGUCAAUGCAGAAUGAUCUUACUGUUGGUAGAUGGUCAAAUGUAAGGUAUUUUUGUAUGUUUUAGGAUUCAGUGCCUCGAUUCACUGCCUGUGUAUUGUGAUUUAAUACUUUUAACAAAAAAAAAAGAAAACGUGUAGGCCUGCAUAUCUUUUUCUAACACCCACACAGAGUUGGGUAGGUUACUUUCUAAAUGUAAUCCCUUACUAGUUAUCUGAAAUUGUAAACCGUUAACUAACUUAGAUUACUCAGUAACAAUCUGAUUACUUUUAGAUUACUUUCCCCUUAAGAGGCAUUAGAAGUUGACAAAGAUGAUCCAAAAAACACAUUGGUUGUGUCUCUGACUUGUGAUCAGACUCGCUCAGGGGAAAUAAACGUAAAUGCUUUUCAAUGCCUAAUUUAAUGUCAUUGAUAAAACAGAAAGGUGUCAAUGUAACAUUUUUGUAAACCAAGAAGUAAGCAUCUAGUUUUUGAAAAGUAUAAUCUGAUUACAAGAUUUUUGCUGAUAACGUAACGGAUUACAGUACACCACUCCAAAUCUGGUCCCUACUUCCUCCUGUCUCGUUUAAGUGAGGUAGCAGUUGUCACACUAACACUAGGUGGUGACACCCAUGGUUGUGGCAAUGCAAGGUGUGAUGUCACUACUUGGUAGACUACAUAGAUGAUGAACACACCCACUCAACAGUAUACUAGCUUACUACUGCUAUAUUAACUACUAUCACGCCACACUGUUGUCACGGGAACAACGUAGGGAGACCGUAGUCGUUUAACUAUGUCCCAUCUUGUCGACCUGUUUGUCUGCUGUAUUUGGGGGAUUACGUUUUUUUUUUAACUUACAAACGUAUAUGAAAAAUCUCUUACUGUAACUUUGUUAUAAACAUCAUUAAAAGUAGUAACAUUGUU